ACACGAUCUAACUCCGACGGAGGGAAAGAAAGAGGAAGGGGAGUAGAACCCCCAGAACCAGAAAAGACCCCCCGCUCGCUCGCUCGCUCGCCUCCCUAGACCUGCUGGCUGCUGCCUCUUGCUGGGGAAGAUAUGUCUCUAACGGCGGUGAAGAUGUCGGAGGACGUGUGGCUGGCCUGCCUCGCCCACGCACUCACCACCGAGACGGAGGAGAUCAUGGGCCUCCUCCUCGGCGACAUCCAGUAUUCAAGUGGUGGGAAUGCAGUUGCUCUUAUCUGGGGAGCGUCGCCACAGAUGCGCUCUGAUCGUCGAAAGGAUCGAGUGGAGACUAACCCCGAGUUGCUGGCUGCAGCUUCAGCACAAGCUGAAAGAAUGACCUUGACAACAGGGAGGACCACUAGGGUUAUUGGAUGGUACCACUCACAUCCCCAUAUUACAGUUCUCCCAUCUCAUGUAGAUGUUCGUACACAGGCUAUGUAUCAGCUGCUAGAUCCUGGCUUCAUUGGGCUCAUUUUUUCUUGCUUUAGUGAGGAUGCUCAUAAGGUCGGAAGAAUUCAGGUCAUUGCUUUCCAAUCUCUUGAUGGGAAACAAAGGCAUCUCCCUCCUGUUAAUAAUAGUUCUAUUAUAGAGGUCGAAUCAUCUCUUAGUUCCCUAGAGAACGCAUUGUCAACAUCAGGAUCUGCAAUGAAUGAGAACAUUGAACAGGACACUGGUGAUUCAAGAGCAGCCAAAGCUAAAAAGAUGGUGGGAAGAUCUUCAGAUUUAGAGGAGUUCUUUUCUCAUGCCGAUGUCAAUCAUCUUGGGAAGCGGCAAUCUAGAGAAAACUCUGUUGGUGUUUACAAUCCUGAGAGUGCACACAAUGCUGCUGCUGAGAUAGAUUCUGCAGAUAUGAACCCAAGCAUGCAGGAGGCCUUGCACCGUUCUAAUAUGGAUAUAAGUGGUGCAGAGUACAUAAGGAAGGAAGUGCCACUCCAAGUCCUGCCCACCAGGUAUCUGCUAAAGCUUGAAUCCCCCUUGACUUCUUUCACCGACAUGCAGCAUGUACUUCUUGAAGAAGAACGAUCAGCUUAUAACCAAGCCAUGUCCCAGAAUAUGCGUGAUGGCAAAGUGCACCCUCUUACAUUUAUUCAUCACACAUCUACCUACCAGGCUUCUCUGUGCAAGUUAAUGGAAUAUUGUUUAAGUCCUGCCGUGACUGCACUCCAAGACCGGCUGAAGGAAAAUGAAAUUCGGUUAUUGAUGCUGAAUGAAGAAGCCAAAUUGCUGGAGGCUGAAGCCCUUGGGAGGAGUGGUGAGAUGAAAAUGGGAUCGCCUCGCCCUAUGCCAUCUUCUCAGGGGUUAAGGGGCAGUACAGCACCGGUUCAGAAGGACGUGCGUGCUUCAGCAGAGCAGGGCAGCUCUCGGAGCCCUAGCGGUAUUGGCAGCCGAAGAAAGGCCUUUUGAUUUUGUGCCAGUAGCGUAUAUACUGUUGCCGUUGUGUAUUUUUCUGGUCUCACUGUAUCUUGCCUGUCGGGUUUCUGUCUUCCUGUUUUCGGAGGAGACGUUUUGUUUUGCCACUCUAGUAGGAAUGCGCCUAUCCCUUGUAAAUAAUGUCGAUAUUUUGGUUUCUCCAUUGUCUGACAGCCAACCUUUGCGGCAGAGCUUUGCUUUUUGUUCGAACCUCACCA